AUGGGAGAAUUAUGUAUUGGUACACCUCCACAAUGCUUCAAUGUUGAUUUUGAUACAGGUAGUUCAGAUCUGUGGGUACCAUCGAUGACUUGCAACAGUAUUGGAUGUAAUAAUUUUAUCCAUCGCUUUGAUGCAUCAAAAUCAUCAACAUAUAAGAAUCCAGCAAAUAAAACAAUGUUUGAGAUAACCUAUGGGGAUGCAAGUAGUGUAUCAGGUUAUAUUGGUAUAGAUACUGUUUCAAUAAACGGUUUAGCUAUUAAAAAUCAACGUUUCGCUCAAAUCACCUCAGCACGGGUUCUCGAUAUUUACACAGCUGGUCAUGCGGAUGGCAUAUGUGGUCUUGGUUUUAAAUCUAUUUCUAAGGGUCAUAUGCUACCACUUGUUUUUAUGCUUUGGUAUCAAGAUUUAAUUGAUCAACCAAUCGUUUCAUUUUGGCUCGACCCACAUCCAGAACAUAAACGAGGUGGAGAGAUCAUGUUUGGUGGUGUCGAUCCUAAAUACUUCGAGGGUGAUAUGAUCUUUGUCAAUGUUACACAGCAACAAAAUUUAACAUGGCAAAUUCGAUUAGACGGAAUCUAUGCGGGUAAUUUGAACUUGUGUGAAGGUGGUUGUGAAGCACUCAUUGAUUCUGGUACAUCAUAUAUUUUGGGAUCGUAUACUGGCAUUAGACGUUUUCAAGAGUUAGUUCCUGAUCUCAGUGUAACGUCACCUUUCAGUACAGGCACUGUCGACUGUUCACAUGCAUCGUCUUUACCCAAUUUAACCUUUGUCAUCGGUGACGAACGACUAACCCUGAUAAGUACACAAUAUGUUCACUCAGUAGAAGAUCCAUCAAAUGAUAAAAUUGUUUGUUUUCCUGCUCUUCAUGCUAUGGAUAUGUAUGCCGAGAACGGCAAUCCUUUAUGGAUACUUGGCGACACAUUUAUGGGCCAUUAUUAUACUAGUUUCGACUUGCGUAAACGACGAAUUGGCUUUGCUAAAUCAAUAUCAAUAUCUAAAUAA